GAAGUGGGGUUGGUGGUGGAGGAAUGGCGAGCUAGUUGCUAUGCCAGGCUGCCUGCAUUAUGUCACUGCUUAGCCUUGUGGAUGAAGCCAUCAAGUUGUGUAAAGUAGAGGAGACCAAGAUAAACGAGAACAUCCUUCAAUACAGGGAGAUACUGCGCUCUUUGAGACCACAGCAAGAAGACGGCAAGGAAAUAGAACUGACAGAUGAUGUUGAAAAGGACCCAGAUGUCCAACUGGAGGAGAGACGGGAGAUGGAACUGCUGAAUCGAUUGCUGGAGAAGGCCCUCAGAGUUCGCGCUGGCACAGCACCCCAAAAAGACCCUCAGAACUGUCCAGGACCAAAGAAAGAACCACUGGACACUACACAGGGCAAGGGAAGGGCUCUGACCCCAGGUGGCACCAGAGGGAAUAAAAAUGGCACUAAAACGACCUCCAAACCCAUCACGGUGGACAAAAAAGAGUCCAAAAAGUAUUCUGCCUCCCAUCUCUACAGGGGUGGAAGGGGGAGGAUGGGUCAUCCGGUAGGUCAUUCAGGACAAGGCAGGGCAUGCAUGAUCAGAAGCUCUGUCCAGAUGCAGAAACGAUCUGUCGUGUCAUCAAAGGGGUUUCCUCCCCAGUCCUCUGGGAAGGAAGUGAAGCAGGCUGGUCCUCCAGGUCCUGUGUCACAUGAUCAGGGUCAAUCACCACAGGCCUCAUCAGCACAUCAUCAGGUUGAGGUGUCCCACAGGUCAGCUGCAGCCACUUCCUUCCAGCCCCCUAACUGGGACGCGGUGUCUGUUUCACACAUGGAGGGGAUGCCAAAAGCACAUGUAAUUUCACCUCCACAGAAUGGGGCUCCCACACCGUUGUUAACUAAAUGGAUCAGUCUAAGGACCAAACAAAGCAGGUUAUGGGACAAAGUCCUGGCUCUACAAUCCAGACCUGUGGCGGAGAGGAGUCACUUCACAGAGAGAGUGAAAGCCACUUACUCCAGAGAGUGGCCAACCAGUGGCAGCCCCACCGACACCGGCGCUCAGGUUGACAGACUGACACAGCUCUGCACGGAUCUGAGUCAUUGCUACCAGAGCGAGCGGCUGCUGCUGCUGACUGGCCAGACCUUCAGAACCUCUGGCACUGAGCCAGGUACCAGCCCAACCAGAGGAGAUGCGGAAGGGGGGAUGGAAGGAGGGUUAACAACAUGCCAGAAGAGGGAAUAUGAGUCCUUGCUGAUGCUGGAAGGACUGGAGAAGAUGGUGGCAGACCUCCGGAAACAUGCUGGACAGCUGAGAAAAGAGCGGGAGGCAUGGGAUCGAUGGAGGAGGCUGAAGGGGGAAGGAGCGGGCGCGUUCGGCCCCGUCAGGAGUAAGGGUGAGUGGGGUGACCUGAGUGGGGUGACCCCAUUGCCCCCCACCCUGAUCUACACCAGCCAGGCAGAGCUCCAGGAGGUGGAGAGGCUGAGGUUGCGAGUGGAGCUGCUACAGCAGGAGGUGCACCUGCAUCAGGCUCUCUCUGACACCAUGGUCAUGCCCUCCGCUCCUGGACUUCCCAACCCCGCCGCGCUCCGUGACAUUUACUCCCUGCUUGGAGAGGGAGGGGUGAUGUUUCCUACUCUGGUUCUGGACACAGAACCUGACUAAAGGAACAGGUCAAAUCACCUGGAUCAUGUUUAUUAGGGCACACAAUGCAGCAGAAAACAAAUGAACGUUUCUAAUUGGACAAGUCCAGGUAGCCUCUCCCUGUUUCAUUCGGUGUUCUUCCAUUUGGUGCCUAAUGAACACGACCAAGAAAGACUAUUGAAGAGUAGACCAAUGAAUGGUAUGUCUUAGGUAUGUCUUCCUCUGAGAUUGAAGAGUAGACCAAUGAAUGGUAUGUCUUAGUUAUGAAUGGUAUGUCUUAGGUAUGUCUUCCUCUGAGAACAGAGGAAGAAGAAUGGAGAAUCUUCUGAGAAGAGGCAUUUCUGUGUGUUGGGAAUGUCAAUCUGUGUAUUUAUUUGGAGAGAUUGAGCAUUUUGGUUUUACAUUGUUCCUUUUGAAAAAUAUUGUAAGACUCCUAUAAUUAGAUUAAAUUAUUCAAAUUGAUGGAUAUUGAAAAAGUUACUUUGCAUUUUCCAUUCGGUAGUCUACAUCUACAAAUGUGUAAUAAUUUUAGUUUAAUAAUUUAAGUAAAAAUGUUGUAGGUCAACUAAGUUAGGGUCACUGACAGAUGCUGUGAUUUUAUAUUUGUCAGCAGGUGGCGCUUUACCCAUGACUCGCUUUUCAAAUAAAAAACAGCCUACAUGCA